AGCAAAGUUCCCUGCGAACCCCGUCCGCCAGGCUGCGGCCGGAAGCCAGACGCCGCAGCUCGGUUUCCCACGGGGGGCCUGGGGACAUGGCCAGAAGGGCUCUCAAGCUUGCUUCGUGGACCAGCAUGGCUCUUGCUGCCUCUGGCUUCUACCUCUACAGCAAAGAGUACUUGGACCUCAACGACUUUGGUGCUGUCAGGGUGGGCAGAGCAGUUGCCACGACAGCCGUCAUCAGUUAUGACUAUCUUACCUCCCUGAGGAGGGUCCCGUAUGGCUCAAAGGAAUACUUGCAGCUUCGUUCCAAGGUGCACCUCCGCUCCGCCCGGCGCCUCUGUGAGCUCUGCUGUGCCAACCGGGGCACAUUUAUCAAGGUGGGCCAGCAUCUGGGGGCCCUGGACUACCUGCUGCCGGAGGAGUACACGAGCACGCUGAAGGUGCUGCACAGCCAGGCCCCGCGGAGCAGCAUGCAGGAGGUUCGCCAGGUCAUCCGCGAGGACCUGGGCAAGGAGAUACAUGAUUUGUUUGUGAGCUUUGACGACACCCCUCUAGGGGCUGCCUCGCUGGCCCAGGUCCACAAGGCGGUGCUGCACGAUGGGCGGACAGUGGCCGUGAAGGUUCAGCACCCGAAGGUGCAGGCUCAGAGCUCCAAGGACAUUCUUCUGAUGGAGGUGCUCGUCCUGGCUGUGAAGCAGCUGUUUCCAGAGUUUGAGUUCAUGUGGCUGGUGGACGAAGCCAAGAAGAACCUGCCUUUGGAGCUGGAUUUCCUCAAUGAGGGGAGGAAUGCUGAGAAAGUGGCCCAAAUGCUCAAGCACUUUGACUUCUUAAAGGUCCCUCGAAUCCACUGGGAGCUGUCCACCAAGCGGGUCCUUCUGAUGGAGUUUGUGGACGGCGGGCAGGUCAAUGACAGAGACUACAUGGAGAGGAACAAGAUUGACGUCAAUGAGAUCUCGCGCCACCUGGGCAAGAUGUACAGCGAGAUGAUCUUUGUCAAUGGCUUCGUGCACUGUGACCCCCACCCAGGCAACGUGCUGGUGCGGAAGCGCCCGGGCUCGGAGAAGGCAGAGAUUGUCCUGCUGGACCACGGGCUCUACCAGGUGCUCACGGAAGAGUUCCGCCUGGAUUACUGCCACCUCUGGCAGUCGCUGAUCUGGACCGACAUGAAGAGCGUGAAGAAGUACAGCCAGCGCCUGGGGGCGGGGGACCUCUACCCCUUGUUCGCCUGCAUGCUGACGGCCCGGUCGUGGAACUCGGUUAACAGGGGCAUUGGCCGAACUCCAGUCACGGCCACUGAGGACUCGGAGAUCCGCAGCAACGCAGCCAGCUACCUCCCCCAGAUCAGCCAACUCCUCAACCACGUGCCACGCCAGAUGCUGCUCAUCCUCAAGACCAAUGACCUGCUGCGUGGCAUCGAGGCUGCGCUGGGCACCCGUGCCAGUGCCAGCUCCUUCCUCAACAUGUCGCGUUGCUGCAUCCGGGCACUGGCUGCGCACAAGAAGAAGAACACCCGUUCAUUCUUCAGAAGGACCCAGAUCUCUUUUGGGGAGGCCUUCAGCUUAUGGCAGAUCAACCUUCAUGAACUCGUUCUGCGUGUGAAGGGGCUGAGGCUGACCAGCUGGGUCUUGACCCUGCUCUGCCGGCUGUUGCCUGCUCCACACUGAGCGGACAUUGGCGGGACCCUGUGGUGGCCAAAGGGUCUUUUCGCUCCUCACUCUUCCGGCAUAUCUCCACCCACUUGCCCUGUUUCUGCCACAUGGUGGCCUGGAGCCCUACAGUCAUUGUCCAUGGCACCGUUAUGCUCCGCUUCUGGAAUUCCCCUCCCUCGGAGCCCUUGUCAGGGCCCCCAAGCCGUGCCCUGUGGUAGGCUUCCCUCUGUAUCCAAGGAGAGGGCAUGGCAGUCUGCUUUCCUGCUGCCCGUGUGUGCCAUUGGGUCGGAUGCCUCUACUUCCGUUAACCCUUCCUGUUGUCAGAGGGGACUGUGAAUCCCACUGAGGCACAUUUAACUUGUAGGAAGUUGGAUUUUGUUGGAGAGGAGUGUGGUCUCUGAACCGCUGAGAGCAGAUUCCCUCUCUGCACUGUCCCUCCCCAGAGGUGGCUUGGCACCCGAGCCGGGCUCUGCUGCAGCUGUGAGUUCUCUGCUGUCAUGGUGAACCUUUGGUGUGUCACGUACUGUGCUCCACUUGGUCAGUGGGAUCUUUACUCCAGCUUGGGAGUGAAGCCACUUUGGCCAUUAGGUAGGAGUGGCUCUGGAUGCCACGUGCCAUUGUGAUCUGCAUGGCUUCUUGUCCCUGUAACCCUUUCUAUCCUCCCACUGUGUGGCUACUUCCUGCUUCUCACGUGUUUCUCUCACGUUCUAAGACUGAAAUCUUGAUUGGAGUUGUUAAGAAGCCUGGAACUCAGAGGCUCUGCUGAAACCUCCGACUUGGGUUUGCCUGGGUUCUCACUUCAUUCCCUAUGACCUGGCACCUGCCAUGUUCUACUAAUUGCCUCCUGGAGUCAUAAUUCGAUAUCUGCGGUCCUGGAGACUGUAGUCUAAACCUCAAUCACUGUGGCUGGGAUUCUGCUUUGAAACCUCCUCAUCACCUGUCUAGACUCUGCUUCUACCUUAUUUUCAGGACCUCCCCAAACUUCUGUAUCUGUGUGGGCUCUGGGCCCCUGAGAUCCCAGAUGUGGCAGGUCCUAGCUGUCACUGAGUACCCAGGCUCACAGACAGUAAUUUGUAUUCGAAUAUCUCUGAUCUUACUUCACCCCCCAUUCACAGGAGCAGAAAAAAAACUAAAUUUGAGGAGUUCCUUUCAUGGCUCAGUGGUUAAUGA